CCAAGGCUUAGGAUUCUCCCAUCAAGUAAAUCUCCGAGUCACUCGUGUUGUAACCCCAACACAUCAAUGGUCUGGAUUACUGAACGGCAGUCGCCACCUGUACAAACCGAAAAUCUCGAGGAUUAGCAUGGGCGCGGGUUAAGCCAUUUCAUAUCGCAAGCGCAAGUUAGCAACCACCCCGACCUCCCAACCAGCGCUGCUUUCUCCCUCCCUCAGCUUUCAGUCCAUCCGCACCGAACGAAACAGAAGCGAUGACGGUAGCAGCAGGGCUAGGAUACGCCUUGCUUGCACUGGGCCCCGCCCUCACUCUCUUCAUCACCGUAAUUGCCAAAAAGCCCUUUUUAAUCCUCACCGUUCUCUCCAGCAUGUUGUUAUGGCUGGUAACCCUGAUCCUCCUUUCGGUCGUUUGGCGGGGAUUUCUUCCCAUCAAAUCAACAGCAAUGUGGCCAUAUGCUCUCCUGAUAAUCACAUCCGUCUGUUUUCAAGAAGGGCUUAGGGUCCUCUUCUGGAAGAUUUACAAGAGGUUGGAAGAUAUGUUGGAUGCUUUUGCUGAUAGAGUUUCUAAACCACGCCUCUUUUUGACGGAUAAGUUGCAAAUUGCUCUUGCUGGCGGUUUAGGUCAUGGUGUGGCUCAUGCCGUCUUCUUUUGCCUUAGUCUCCUAACUCCUGCAUUUGGUCCAGCAACAUUUUAUGUUGAUCGCUGCUCAAAGAUACCCUUUUUUCUUGUUUCUGCAAUUAUUUCUCUUGGAUUUGUGACAAUCCACACCUUCUCGAUGGUCAUUGCUUUCAAUGGAUAUGCAGAAGGGAGGAAAACAGAUCAAAUAUUGGUUCCAGUGGUUCAUUUUGUUGCAGCUAUGGCGACACUGAUUAAUCUUGUGCCUGGGGGUUGCAUUGUUGGUGUUCCUGUCCUCUACUUCAUGGUGAUCUUGACCUUGCUGCAUUGCGGGAAGAUGGUAUGGAGGCGACUCACCGAAACUCCAAUCGGGCGGGUGAAUAUGUAGCUGUCACUUCAUUUUAUAGUCCUGUCUGACACCAUCCUUGGCAAAUUUUUCAUUGUAUAAUCACCUAUAUUUGUAUCCUUAGAUUAGAAAAGGGCAAAAAACUGAUUGAAUUUUGGCAGUGAGAAAAUUUCCAUCUUGGAGUGGUCUCGAA